UCUGCAUUUUCAAUUUUCAUUUUUCCACCGCGCGCGCCAAUGCCAUUAAUCCUUGAUAACAAAAUAAAAAUUCACAGCAAAGCCCACCAUAUUUCAACUGAGAUUGGAUCUUUCUCCAACAAAAACCAUCAACAAGUUUCAUCUGUUCAGAAAAUGGAUAUGUCAGAGAUAGCUGCGAAAUUAGGCCUCUCUCAAUCCAAAUACGUCGUCCGUAAGGCCGCCGAACUCCGCCGCCUCGCCGACAUCCAGUUCGAUUCCUCCAUAAUCGGCGUCGGUGAGAUUUGCAAGGCCGUAAUUUGCCUCGAGAUUGCCGCUUCUAGAAUGGAAGUUUUGUUUGACCGACAUGCGGCGAUAAAGCUGAGUGGUGUGUCCGAGAAGGCUUACAACCGAUCCUUUAACGCAAUGCAGAAUGGGAUUGGUGUCAAGAAUAAACUUGAUGUAAGAGAACUAGCCAUUCAAUUUGGCUGCGUACGGCUCAUCCCUUUUGUGCACAAGGGCCUCUCAUUGUAUAAGGAUCGGUUUCUUGCUUCGUUGCCUCCUUCUCGAAGGGGUGGUACUGAUUUUAAUCGGCCGGUUUUUACUGCAGUAGCAUUCUACCUUUGUGCCAAGAGACACAAGCUAAAGGCAGACAAAUUCAAGCUGAUUGAGCUUGCCGGCACAUCAGAAUCUGAAUUUUCUAGUGUAUCUACUUCGAUGUUAGACCUAUGCUUUGAUGUGUUUGGGAUAGCAAAGGAGAAGAAGGAUGCCAGGAAAAUCAAAGGCAACCGAGAGCUUAUUGAUGCAUUACCCGAAAAGAGAAGGCUAGAGGAUGGUGGCUACUCUUCCGGUGAUAGUGAAGAGUCUCCAGCCUACAAGAAGCGCAAGCAAAUGGAUAAACGCGAUCAUGAUGAGUGGAAAUCGGCUGUUUUGAAGUCUAACAAACUUGGCAAGGCUCAAGCUGCUGCAAAGCUUAUGAAAAGCAGACAGAGCAGACUUGAUUUUCUGAAGAGGACUCCUGAAACUGCAGCAGAGGCCUUGUGAUCCAUCUCUAUGCAUUCUUCAAUCAUAGAUGAUGUUUUGGUUGCACAGCCAUUUAAUUUUUUAUUUUUGUUUCAUUUUUGCUGCUCUCAACUAGGAGAUUUCAUGCUGUAAAUGGCAACGAGAAAAAAAAAUUGGAUACAACUUUUUCUUGAAAGGAAA